ACCAACUCCAGUUGUCCGUGAGUUUUUCUUCGAGUCAAGUCCGUUCAGAGAGCAGCGACUGUACUCACCAGGAAAAGCUAUAUUCACACUCUACUUUUUUGAUCAAGUUUCACAAUCUCAAGCUCAAGUCUCAACUGAGAAGUGUGUGCAGUAUCGCUCCACUUAAGCCAUUGCAUAUCUCCUCCAAGAUAUAGCCUAUUAUCGCACCACGAGCGAUAUUUCGAUACAAAUAACAAAGUGAUUGCUAUAGAAACGAUUUUUUAUUCUGUUGAUCUUCAUAAUUUUUUCCUUCUGUCUACCUGAAUUGCAUUUCCGUUUCUUCAAUUUGAGUUUUUAGUUUUUUUUUAUUCUUCACUGUGUGUCUAGUUGAAUUUCCGGUUGUGAGUUUUUCCCGCGCAAAAGACAGUGUGGCAAGUUGCAGCAUAGAAAAACAUACUACAUAACAAAGAGGACAGAUAGUGUAUAAAACACUCGUGAAUUGAGCUUUAAAAAAAACAAGACUAUAUAUCGAGUUUCUAAAUCCGUUUAAAUGAGAGUUUUAAUGGAAAAUCAAUGUUUUUGCAACACCUUAGGCAUCACAGGCAUUAACGCUAAUUUAUAAAAUUCUUCAGCUGAACCACUCCUUGACCACAUUUCGAGAUCUUACGUUUAAGACAUACAACUUGGCCACACACCAUUGUCACCUUCGAUCCCAAGAUAGUUUAUGUGCUGAUGAGAAGCGCGGCAAAUCGGCCGCUCCAGCGAGUCGAGCAGCAUCCGGUAUUGUCGGAUUGGGAUAUUCGCCACGGAGGGGCACCGGAGCCACAGAUAACGGCCCUAAGAACAAGGGGGCCAUGCGUGAGGCCUUUCCGAGCCUCCCGUUUGGUUCCCCGAGCUUGGACAGAGAGCACCGCGACGGCAAAUGUGAUCGUACGGUAGAACACGACAAUAUCGCUACGUCAUCUUCAUCUGCGUCCUCAUCUUCGUCCGGCGCGACGGCCGCUCAGGCAGCCUCCAGCGCAAGCAGUGCCAGCACAGCCACCAUCGUCAGUCGCGAGGAGCAAAACCUCCUGGAUAGCUCCUCCGCCAUUUGUGACACUGCUGAGGGUAAUUCUAAACAAACAUCUGUCGGUGCCACGGCAACUAACUAUGUUCCCUCCCAUCCGGGAGAACUGGAGGAACUCCAGCAUGUCCUACACUUUCCAGAAGAAGUCGCACUAAGAAUUACCGAUGCGGAAUAUCAACUAUUUUAUCAGGUGCCUCCCGUAGAAUACUUCAAACAUGUGAUAUUAGAAUUGCAAGGCGAAACUGCUGCGGUUCCACCAACUCCUCCACCACGAUCGUCAAUACGAGGCCUCCAAAAGCGAUUCGAUGAGGUCUGCUCAUGGGUGGCACACUUCAUUGUGUCCCAAAGCUCGCAGGAUGAACGCAAAGCGGCUUUCGCGUGCUUGCUGCGUGCGGCCCUCACAUGCUGGAACAUUGGCAACUUCAAUGGUGCUCUGGAAAUUACAACAGGACUACGAUCCAUUAAACCGAAACACUUCUGGUCAUCGAGCGUGGAAAAAGGAAAGAACCCCGUGCUGGACUUCCUGUCGGCUGCUCUUGAAUCUGUCGAAUACGAAAGGGCUUUAGCAAGGGGUUUGGCUAUGCCGGAAUGUCGCGUGAUUCCGUGCUUCAAGGCGUUCCUUGCUGAACUGAAGGAGAUAAUGUCAACAGGUUUCCCCGUGGUACCGCCACACUCCUCGUGCGUUCCACCCCAAGUGGCCACCGACCCCAUUGAGAUCGAUUUCGAGCGAGUGGGGCGCAACAGUACCGCGCCCAUGGCCACAACGAUCAGCAUCAGCACCGUGGACAUUGUGAACCGGGGCGUCCAGACUGGCUCGAUGCGCAGUCCCCAGGAACAGAGGCGAGAAGUAUCCACGGCGACUGGUGGCAAGUGCCCUCAGCGGAAGGUGUUCAUUUCCGAUUACAAUGGGGAUGAUCACUAUUUUACGAAAAUCGGGUCGACAGGGUUGGGGAAUUUGGAGCAAAUCUACCGUACACAGGCUGUAAUGGAUCAUAUUGAUCUCUGCCACCAACAUCACCAUGCCCUGUGCAAGGAUUCCGCUGCAACACUCCAGGAUUAUCUGCGGCUAGCGUCACAGAGUCCGCGUCAAAUGGCGGCAGCAUGCACGUACCAGCCGGAAAUUGAGGAGCUGGAGGAGGACUACGAAGUGGAGAUUGGCAACUAUAAUCCCGUACAGCCACUCUUUCACGACCAUGGCAUUUGCAUGAUUCCCAUUUCGUCAAGGCAUCACAAAAUUGACCAUCACAUCCUUCAGAUCCUACAUCAUGGUACAACAUCUGUUCUGUGGGAGCCCGAGACACCAUCCGAAAGGUCUUGUUAUGUGUUUUUUCGUCUUGAGCGCUCAUGUUCGAUGGUGACGUGGCACAAACCGGCGUGGCGACGUCUCAAAACACAGCAAGAUUUCAAUAUGAAUAUAAAUCCGGAAGAAUUAGUUUCACCACGACUGACGCAGAAGCAAAUCCCAAGUGCUAUGGAUGUUGAAGGGCAAAACCCAACGCUGGAUGAGGGCUUUCUGGACUUGACGCUGGUCAAAGAAAUCACAAUGGGGUCACGCAACCAUGAAUAUGAUUUGGAAUUGUUGGCUGCGGGAAAAAGAUUCGGCCUGACGCAUGUUGAGUGUUGCGUCUCAAUCCUUUAUGGCAACACACUCAAUGACAAUAGGGUAUUGUGCCUCCUCUGCCCACCGAUGCUAUGCCGUUUGUGGUAUGUGGGACUGAGUUGGAUUGUCCGGGGUAUUAAGAGGCAACAGCGACUGGCCGAUCGGUCGAUGUUCUGGCUCAAGGAGCAAUACAUUCAGCUCUACUUUGAGGAUGGAUGCUGCGAUGAGCCCCUGGCUGCUGAUGCAAUUCGCAUGUUUGGCGGUCGUGAUUGGGCUAUUUCGGGCAAUACCACCCUCAGUAGUAGUCAAGCAGCUGAGGCGGCGGAUGCCCUCAGGCGGGAGGCAUCGAUUAAAUUCAAAAAGAAGCGUUCAGUUGUGAAUCUCCUGACGCAAGGUGGGACGUCGAGUAGUGGACCAGCAUCCCUCGAAAUGGAUGCAGCAACCCCCAAGGAUCAGCGAACGAAACCAAUUGAUCGGCGAAAGGAGCGCAAUGAGUCGAGUGAUCAACUGUGGCAGAAUGUGAAGCACCUGCGGGCGGGUUCAAUCACAUACGAAACACAUCUCAGCUUCCUCGACUUCAUUGCACUCUUCCGCUCAUUCAGUUUGCUGGCACGCAAAGAUCUGCGGGAUCUCUUUGAUCAGCUCUCCGUGGCACGACGCAGUAAGUCCACGUUGAAUCCUGAGAAGAGUCGCAGUGCACCCGAACUGUGUAGUGGUGUGAGACAACGAAAAAUCGCUCAAAUGCAUGUUCUAGGUCUUCUGACGCGCAAUAGCUCGCUGGAUUUGGAAUUUACCGAAGCGAAGAGUGCGCAAAAGAAGAUUUUCGACGCAAUCGCCGCAUCGAGUAUCUUGGCAAAUUGUGCUGGUAUCGAUACGUCCAAUACGCAAGUUAUCACCGUUUCCACACUCCGGAAGUACCUGGAGGCACGACAAAUGGAGGUGAAGACUGAAGAUGAGGUGAUUGCAAUUAUUCAACGACACGAACCUGACCCCACGCUUAGGGCUGAGAAUUGUCUCAGUUUCGAAGGAUUUGCGCGGUAUAUGAUGGACAAGGAUAACUAUGCAUUUGUCAAUGAGAGAGUCAUCCCAAGUACAUCAAAUAUGGAUCGUCCCAUGUCCAACUACUACGUAGCAUCAUCGCAUAACACCUACUUGACGGGUCAUCAGCUAAAAGGCGAGAGCUCUGUUGAACUCUACAGUCAGGUUCUCCUUACCGGAUGUCGGUGUGUUGAGCUGGACUGUUGGGAUGGCGAUGACGGCUCACCAGUCAUCUACCACGGUCAUACGUUCACCACAAAAAUCCCCUUCAAGUCAGUUGUGGAGGCAAUCAAUAAGUCAGCCUUUGUGGCAUCACCCUACCCCGUAAUACUCUCCAUUGAAAAUCACUGUUCAAUACAGCAGCAAGCCCGGAUGGCUCACAUAUUCCAGAACGUUUUUGGGGAAAAGCUCGUGGGGAAGUUCCUGUUUGACGUGGAUUACAGCGAAGAUCCUGUCCUACCGUCACCGUCCCAGCUGAAGCAUCGUAUUCUCAUCAAGAACAAAAAGCUCAUUGUGGAUAUUCCAUCGACAAUUUCAAAUCCCGCCCUGAGAUCUUUUGCCAGCAGAAGCAACACGGGCCUCAAGCACCAAGCUAGUCAAUCGGGUAGGACGAGUUCAAUCAUCAGCAAUGUCAGUGGUGGCUCAGUCAACGAGGAGUUCAGUGAUGAUGAAUAUGAGGAUGACGAUGACUUUGAUAACAUCGAUGAGAAAACCCUCCAUAGUAUUUUUGGGUCGACAGAUGAGAAAUCCUCACGCUACAGUUUGUCAUCAUUUUCAAAUGUAACGCCAACACGUCGGAUUGAUAUUGACGAUAAGCAGCCAAAGAAGCGAAGCAGCCAAAUAGCACGAGAACUCUCGGACCUUGUGAUAUAUGUGCAGGCAAUUAAAUUCCGCGGCCUCAACCCCAUCAGUCCGCACAAUUCGGUACGUCUGCAGCAGCCACCGAGUACGGCGAGUUCUAGUGCCUCCCUCGUAACAGUGGGAAGUAUUCUCAAGAGUGGCAGCGGCGGUGGGGGCGGUGGUGGUGGUGGUGGGGGGAAUUCGGGGCCACCAUCGAGUUCUGUGGAUUCCACAUCAGCAGGGUCGGAAACUGAGUCUCAGCACACAACAUCAUCCAGCCACAGGAAGUUGAUGCACCCGAAUGUGAAUCAUCCGUGCUAUCAGUGUUCAUCCAUCAAUGAGGCCAGCACGAAGAAACUCUGCCGGAAGCAUCCACUGGCCGUGAUUGCACACACUCAGACGCAACUUAUGCGGACCUACCCAGCGGGUCUCCGUAUUGAUUCGUCCAACUUCAAUCCCACCUUCUUCUGGGCCUUUGGCAUCCAAAUGGUGGCACUCAACUACCAAACAGACGACCCACCGAUGCACAUAAAUACAGCCAUGUUCGAGGAGAACGGCAGCUGUGGCUUUGUGUGCAAACCCGAUGUUCUCUGGGAUCCCACGCAUCUCAUGUACAGGCGCUUUAGUCCGUUGGAGAAGGAAUUCGAUGGGUUGCAUUCGUCGCAAAUUGUUAUAAAUGUCGUCUCGGGGCAGUAUGUGUGUCAGAAUAAUCUUCUCUGCAGCACAUACGUUGAGGUGGAGAUGAUUGGGAUCCCCGUGGAUUGUAGCAAGAAGAAGACGAAGACAAUUAAGAAGAAUGCGCUGAAUCCCAUUUGGAAUGAUACCUUCUUCUACAAGGUGAUGUUUCACGAUCUCGCCUUCCUGCGCUUCAGUGUGUUUGAUUCGGAUUCCAAUCAUUUGGUGUCGCAGCGUGUUAUCCCACUCAAGUGUCUUAGACCUGGCUAUAGGCAUGUUAGGCUGCGCUCACCGACCAAUCAACCACUCAGUAUGGCCUCGUUGUUUGUCUAUUCGCGCGUCGAGGAGGAAUCUCUGGAGCGCACGUCGGACGAAGCUGCGGAAUUCAUGAGUGGCACGCAUGACGACGGUGCUCUCACACACAGCCACGGUGAGGGUGGUGCGAGGGUGGAGGCAUCACCAUUUGUAGGUGCGAACAUACCCUUGAAGCGUCGCAUGUUCUUCCUCAUGGUGUACGGCGUUGUGACGGAUGAGCCGUACACGAUACUCAAAAUCACGCAAGAGAGCACCACGCAGGAGGUGAUCAUGCAAGCGCUGCAGAAGGCGAGCAAGUCACCACUAAAUGUCAAUGACUACAUUCUCGUUGAGGAAGUUCGGCGUGGGUGGGAGAAGAAGGACCGGGAUUUACCUUCGACACAGCGUGUGUUGGAUAUGUUUGAGAAGCCCCUGCAGGCGCAGGGUGUGUGGAGGGGGGAGGGACGAUUCAUUCUCAAGCGCAUUGGUGAUGAUCCCAGCAGUAGGGCAUGGCUGACGUCGAUACGGAGUGUCAGUGAGAGACGCUCAAUUUGCGAGAGUGGUGAUGGCCCAUCAUCGUGGGAUGAUGCUGACAACUUCCUCGUUUGCAUCUACAACGUCUCCCCCGAUAUACCGUAUGCCAUCCUCAAGGUACCCAUUGGAUCCACAGCGCAGGAUGUUCUAGCACAGGCACUCAUCAAGGCGAGACGCCUGGAGAAUCCGAGCAAUUUUGUCCUGGUUGAGGAACUCGAGUACGGCGGUGGGGGCAGUUCAAUGGUAACCAACACCCAGCAACGCUCCCUGCAUGACGAUGAGAAUGUCUACUUAACCCAAGCAAAUUGGAAGACAAUCGGACGAUUUAUUCUUCAGGAGAAAAGUGUCGCGACGCCGUCAAUGCGACGACAUCGUCUGGCCAUCGAUAAGAUUAGUCGGGGGUUCAGCAUAAGCAGAGCAGCGGUGUUGAGUAGCAACAAAUCCCCCAUUCAGGUGGCCCUCAGUGAUCCAACAACAUCACGAUCGCGCUCCAAAGUCGACGAAGCGGGACACUCGCAAAUGGGACGCGGGAUUUUCCGGGCAAAGGGGAAUUCCGAGAAGGAGACGCCCACAUGCAGUCCCAGACCGCGGCAGAGGGAGGUCCAUUCAGAGGGGGAAACCCUCAGUGAUGAUGACAUCAAGGAGAGCGACUUGAUGUCAACGGUGUCACGGCUGAAGAAGAUGUCCAUCAGGAAAUUGAAAGCCUGGAAAACCUGAGUGUUGCACUAUGCAUCCUCGUAGAUCGAGGAUACACACUAAACGCUCUACAACCCCCCGCGCAGUCACAGCACUCGAAAUCAAUGGUUUUCCACCGAGUUUUCCUCAAAAUAUAUAAAUAAAUAGAAUUUAAAACAAUUUCAAGCAACUUGUAGUUUGUACAUUUUUUGAAUAAACUUUUCUUCCCGGAAUGGUUUGAUGUGCUUCCCGGAAAGUGCCAUAAGUGGCUGGAGGUUGUGUAGUCAUCCUGCUCAUUGCGUCAGGAAGUUUCUAAGGGAUCUUAGGCAUAUCCUUUUCAACACUCUGCUGAUCCUUGAUUUCAUCUUUGGGUCCAAAUCUUUCCAUUUAGGAAGUUCCCCUUGCAAUUGCGUGAAUGGUUUUUAUAGACUCAAAUUUUGACCCCUAAAUGGCAUCAAGGAUCAGCCGGAUGUUGAAAAGGAAGUUCCUAAGAUCCCUAAGAAAUUUCCUGUUACAAUGGGCAGGAUGACUACACAACCCCCAGGCACUUAUUGCGCUUUCCGGGAAGCACAUCAAACCAUUCCGGGAAGAAAAGUUUCUUUAAAAAAAUGUUAAAACUGCAAGUUGCUACAAUUUCAAAUUUCUCAUUGAUAAAUUCAUUCUUCUUUUUUUUUUAAAUAAUAAAUUAGUCAAUUUUGCUAAGGACUAAAGGCAAGAAAUUAAGGGACUCUUGUGCAAAAUGAAAAAAAGAAAUUCAAACUUGUAUGGAAAUUGUGGAAAACUCAUGGAAGCACACUAAAACAAGAAGAAAAAAACAUUAUCACACUGUUCAUUACAAUGUACUUAAUAAUGUUAUUUACUUUUAUUAAUUAAUUAUGGAAUUGACGAAUUUACCACUACAAAGAAAAAAAUUCAAAUGUAAAAAAAAAAGUAUUUUGAAAAGAAAAGUGUAAAAAAACUAUAUCAAAAAAAAAGAAAAGAAAUCAAGCGUUAAUGCAGAAUUUUCAAUUGAAAAUUUGAUGUAGAUAUAAAAUGAAAUCUCUGAAGAAAAUUCUUUGUGUGAUCUUGAAAUAUUCAAGCAACGUCUUUUAAUUUUUCAAUUUAGGUUGAAAUCUUUAAAACUACAAAGAAUUCUAAGGAUGUUUUGAAUUUUCUUUUAAUUCUCUGAACUUAAGCCGAUUAAGCAGGUUUGUGGAUUUACUUAAAUUAUAAUCCGUUCUUGAAAGGAACUAAAGUGAAGCUUAAUCACAAGUAAAACUUCUUUAAUUAUUUCUCUGAUUAAAGUUUCUCAAUAUUCUUCAACUGAAAUUUAUUUUUUUUUAAAUAUCUUUCAAAUCAAUUAAUUUUCGUAUUAACCCUUUGACGUACCAUGAGAGUUUUUUAUUCAAUAAAUUUUUUAAGAGAUGUUUGAGCUAAUUUUGAAACUAAAAAUAUUAUUGUUUUCUUCUUAAGGCAUUGGGUGAAAUUCACGAAUCAGACAUUCUUAAGAUUUCAUAAGUUUUCUUAAUAAAAUCUUUAGAUUUCUUAACUUUUUUUUAAAGAGAAUCUUAAGAUUUCUUAAGUCAGGUUGAUUUUGUAGGAUUUUACUAAAUGUAUAUACUUAUUUUCCGAUAAUUUUUACGAGUUUCGAGGUUUGAAGACGAUAAAGUCUUAAGAUUUACUUAAGCUUUUAGCUGUGUUUCUUUCAGACACAGCUUUUGUGUACCGAGCAAAAUCGAAAGUCGUCAGAUCGGGCUCAAACUUGGGAUGAGCACGAAUUAGGGUCCCCACAUUCCAAAAAACGUAUGCGCCAAAAAAAUUUUUUUCCGGCCGUCCGUCCGUCCGUCCGUCCGUCCGGCCGUAGUACAACGCUAAAUUGCGAGAGAACGGUGAUAGAUAGAGACUUGCGGUAAACGGCAAAGUUUAAAUAUCGACCUGAAGAAAUCCGAUUAUGAAGUCAAAUCCACCCCCCCACCCCUCCGUCCGCCAUUUUGGAUAACCUCAAAAUUUUGUUUUCGCUAUAUCUCAGCCCCUAUUAUAGCUAGAGGUCUGAAAUUUUGAUAUGUUGUAGGGGUCAUCAAGAGCUUUCCAACGAUACCUCAUUUUCGAAAAUCGGUCAAGCCGUUUAGUCAAUAUGGCCGCCACUAUUUUUCAUCGAAAAUCGACCAUAACUCGAAAACGGCUUGACCGAUUUUGAUCAACCCGGGUUCAAAUGAAAGAUCUCAACAAACCCUACAACUCUCUAGAACAUCCAAAGUUUCAAAAGUGACCGCUAGGGGGCCAAAAAUCAAAAACAAAAUUUUCGAUUAGUUUUCGAUGAAUAUCUCGAAAACGACGACAUAAAUUUUUUUCAUUUUUUCAUAUGUUGUAGCUGACCAUAUUAUCUAGCUUCAUGCCAAAAAUGAAGAAAAUCUAUGGAUCCGUUCUCGAGAUAUAGCCUUCCAAAGUUGGCAUGUCAUAUCUCGGGUUCUACAAGUCCGAUCUUGAUCAACUCAAGCGCAAAUGAAAGGUUUCGAGAAACCCUACAAAUGUCUAGAACAUUGCAACUUCGAAAAAUGACCGCAAGAGGCGCUAAAAUCGAAAACAAAGUUUUCGAAAAUUUCGAACUCGAAUUUUUCGAAAAUGGCGACAUAAAUUUUUUUCAAUUUUCGAUAUGUUAUAGCUGACUUCGAGACCUUUAAAACAAAAAAAAAUUUAUGAAAAUCUAUGGAUCCGUUCUCGAGAUAUAGCCUUCUAAAGAUUUCUUAGGGUAUGACUUUUCAACUUUUCCCGACUUUGCGCGUAUUUAAAUUAAUUUGCGUUCUAGUUUGCUCUCACAAAAUUGGUACACUGAAAGAAACACAGCUCCCGUAAGCUUGGUCAGCUUACCAGUACAUUUUAUUAUUCGUUUAGAGAACACUUAAGGAUUUUCCAGGAAGGAAUUUGGGGAAAAUCAGUCAGAAAAUAUUUUUUUCAUGUUUUCCCAUAACUUUGGAAAAAUUCUUGCAAUUUUUGUAAGCACAAUUUUCUAUUUCUUAAGUUUAAAAAAAUCUUGAUUGUCUUCAGACAUCUAAAUUCGUAAAAAUCAUCGAAAAAUAUACAUUCAGUCUAAUUUAGACUUACUUAAGAAACCUUAAGGUUCGCUUAAAAAAUUUCUCAAAAAAACUUAAGAUAUCGCGUUUAAUUUGAAAAUUCCGCUUCUGAAAACAAAUUUUUAAUAAAAUUAUUUGAAAUUUUAACGUUUCCCCCGCUCUCCCUAAAUAAAAGAUUUAUGUAUUCUAUUAAAGAAUCUUUAUGAUAAAUUACAUUUUUUUUUAUUUUCUUCAAAUCCAAAAAUUUGCAUAGAAUAUUUCGAGAUCGCUUCUCCCAAAAAAAAAUUUUAAAAAAUCAUUCAAAAAUAAAAAAUUAUUAAUUAAAUUUCUACCUAUAAACUACAAAAAAAAAAGAAAGAAAAUUGUAACUCUAUAAGAAAAAAAACACUGUUUAACGCCUACAACUUCCACUUUAAGAAGUAUCUCAUCGCAAUUCAAAUAGCUUUAACUAAUCAUAUCGUUACAAAUCUAAAAGAAAAAUUAAAAAAAAAACUUCAUCAUGCAUCACUGAAAUGACAUAUUUUCUACGUUUUAUUUUUCAACUAACCAAUGAAAAAUACUACGUCUUGUAGUAGCUUUUAAGCCUCACUUGAAAAUGAAAAUUUGAGAGUUAUGAAAAUUUUGAAGAAAAAAAAAUGUAAACAUAUUGAAUAAAUUGGACCAACAAGAAUAACUUAUUAUGUAAAAAAAAAUCAACUUAGAAUGAAGGACAUUUCGUCGAUAUUAAAAAAAAAACAAAGUGUUAUAUACUUACAUAAUAUAGUGCAAGAAUGCAAAAAAAUAUAUAUAAAAACGAGUUAAAAGUACGAGUAUUAAAAUAUCAAUGUUAAAUUGGCAACAAAUGGAAAGGUUCAGCAUUAAAUAAAAUAUAUAUCAUGUUAGGAGACAUUUUAAAACUAUAUACAUAUAUCAUUUUUCUAAACAAUUAAAUAAAACAAUCAAACAAAUAACAUAUUUUUUUGUUUAAAAAUUCAAAUUAAAUCUUUGAGAAAUUAUUUAUCAAAAAUAUAUUCAUUUAAUUAUGCAAAGUUUCCCUUUCAUUUAAUAGAAAAUCCUUUAAAUUAAUUUGUUAAUUUAUGAAAAUUGUUAAGUUUAUGUAUUGUUCGUUGUCUUUGCAAAAAGUACUUAUAUUCUUCACAAUUUAUGCUAAAGCAACAUGAAUUUAUUCCUUUUUAUUUCUCUUCAAAACAAUUCUAAGACUAUAGAGAAAAAAAAUUAACAUUUCUUAGAAUUAAAAAUGAAUAAAUAAGUAGAUAAAACAUUUUUCAAAAAAAGCUCAUCUAUCCAAAAAAAAUGACUAAAACACAAUAAAAAACACAUCAAAAUGGCUUUUAAAAAGAAACUCAUUAGGAAAAAAAAAACAAAUAAAACUUUUAACACAAAUUGCUAUCAAAGUAUUUUUAAAGAAAAAAAUUCUACGACAGCUAUUGGAUUUCUAUUUGAUAAAAAGAAAGAUGAUGAAAGUAAUAGAGAAACAAAAUAGAGGGUUCAGAGAUUCAUUCCAAUUUAGUGAAUAUAAAAUUAAAAAAAAAAAGAGUUACAGUUAAUAGUAAAAAAAAAAGGUGGAAAAUUUAAACGCUGUGUUAAUAGUGAUGGUAAAAAAAAUGAAGAAUAUAAAGAAUAAAUUCAUGAAAUUUACCAAAAGAUAGAACAGAGAUAUUAAUGAUACAUGUUAUAAAGAAAAAAAGAAAUUUUAAUCGAGAAAAUAAAGGAAAAUCUAUGGAAGAAGAAAUAAUUAUGUAAACUAUAAAUAAAUGAAAUGAGAAAUAGUUAUAUUACCUACUAUAAAAAUUAUGUAAUUAACAGAAUGUUUUUCUAAUAUCACUGUGUCAAGAAAAGAAAUUUCUUAAAUGAAAAAAAAUCUUAACUAUAUAUUAAAAGGUUUAUAUAUUUUGUUAGAUUUGUCUUUUAGUAUAUAUAAAAUAUGAAAUAUGAAAGAAAAAAUGAAAUAUUGUAAUAAAAAAAUGAUGAGAUUAAUGUUAUUAUACAACUUAACUACUUAUUAUGUAAAGAUUUCUAUUAAAUUAAUUUUUUAAUUUAAUGAAAAAAUAAACAUGAGAAAUAAAUGUUAUAUUAUGAAGUAAUUACAUAAUUUCUUAAGGCGAUUCCAAAAUUAACCGAUGCCCAAUAUUUGAAUAAAAAGAAAUUAUAUUAGUGUGUAAUUUGAUUUCUUUUGUAAAUUUUAUUAUUAUUCUUAAAAUAGAAGUUUUUCGGGGGAAUUGAAUUGGAACAAAAAAAAGGUAAAAUAUGAGAACAAAAAAAACUUUAGAAAUUACAAAAUUUUGUGUUAUAUGCAAAGUUAGUGAAGGAGCUAAAGAUGAUAAGAAAAAAUUAUAGAGCAUGAUGAUAAAAAAAAAUCAACUGGUCGCCUUAAAAAAUUUAAUUGUUGUGAUUUUGUGAGUCAAAUGUGUGUGGAAAUGUAGAAAAUGAUGUUGUGUGGUUCAGAAGUAGUUGGAAAAUCUUCUCUUACACACAUUUUUCACACCUUUUCCCAUUCAAGUCUCUGAUUGUCUUCCUUCUACACACUCAAAGAUAAAAGCUGCAAUUUACCACACAUAGGGUAAGAUUCACCAGUCAGACAUACAUUCCUUAACAAAGACUUAGUUUUCUUGAGAUUUUUAAAGUUUUCGUAAGAUUCGUUAAGUUUUCUCAAGAAUGUCUUAAGUUUUCAUAAGAUUUCUUAAGAUUCCUUAAGAAAAAACUUAAAAUUUCUUAAGAAAAAAUUAAUAGUAAAUCAAAUCGAGCAAAAGGAUUUCUAUGAAUUUCGAUACCUGAAGACGGUCAGAGAAAGUCAUGAAAAAAUGCAUUUUGCUCGAUUUACUUAAGGAAAUCUUCAGUUUCACUUAAAAAAAAAAUUAAAAUAUUAAAUGUUUCUCAUGAAAUGUUAAGUUUUUCCUAAAGGAAUCUUAAGAAAUCAUAUAAAAAUUUAAGACAUUCUUAAGAAAACUUGGAGAAUCUAACGAAAACUGUAAUAAUUUUAAGAAAACUUAAUUCUUUGUUAAGGAAUCUUAAGUCUGUCUGACUAGUGAUUUUCACCCAAAAAAAUUCACAUUCUUCUGUAUUAUUCUAUUCUACCUCAAGUUGGAUAAUAUUCUUACGACUUUACAACCCAGAAUGGCAACAAAAUUGAUUUGAGUUGUGAUUUAAAAGGUAAAAAUUUGCGUUAUUUUCUACUUUUCCUUCGCACCGUCUUUGACUCUCUUGAUUUCCGACACUUUCCACCACCAAUACUUACCCUUCUUCACUCAUUGAAGUGUAUGAGAAUGGUAAAAAAAUAAAUAAAUCUCGAUGCUGCACAUCGCAGAAGAAGUGUCCUCUGUGAGUGCUAUUUUUCUUGUACUUCAAAUUAGAUUAUAUUUUUUAUUGAAAAAAAAAAACUACAAUGCCAGUGUGAAAAGAUUUGAAUCUAUAAAACAAAUAAUGUGCAACACAUCAAGAGAUUUUCUUAAAAGCAAAAAUUCAUUAAAAUGAGAUUUUUGCAGAACUUUGCUAAUUGUGUAAAAUCAUUUUUAGAGAACAAAGUUAAAGAGGAUAAGGAACACACAAUACACACGAGAUAAAUGCAAAAAAAGUACCAUUAAAUUGUUCGAGUAAAAAUGAAAUGUGUAUCAUCUUUUAACUUAAUAAUGAAAAAAAAAGGAAAAAGUGAACAAAGAAAAAUAUAAAAUAUUUUACAGUAAAAAUAAUAAAAACUGAUACAAUGCAA